ACCCAGCCCCCCAACACAGACGCUACAUUCAACAGAGGAAACGGAAAAGACGAAACAUACAAGAAGGUUUUUCAUUUCAAAACCCCGGGGUUGUGGAAAGAACAGGGAGUUCCUUUUUAUUACCUAAACGUGUCCACUUUUGGCUUCAUCGUUAGACCACAAACCCGGACUUCCUCCCCGUUGUUUCCACAAUUUGCCCAUCUCUUCCCCAGCUGUUUGCAGCUGGUAGAAAGCACCCGCCCUGUUCGGGAAAAGGGAGAGAGUGACCGGAGGAGAGAGAUGUCACCCCAACCUCACCAGCCGCAGGUGAGGCAGAAUAUCCAGAAGUUCCUCAAGAGUUUUUUGGGAAUCGUCCGGAUCCUGCAGAUUGUGUUCGGGGCCGGGCUGUGGGUCACCAUCGCCGCCAACAAAUACGAAGGAUCCAUCCAUUUCGUCCUGUUCGUCGCAGUCCUCUUCUGGCUCCUCACCCUCGCCCUUUUCUUCCUCACACUCCUGGAGAAGCAGGACCUCGUCCCGCUGCUGGGAGGGGAGCGUUGGUUGUUCACCAACCUGGCGCACGACGUGGCCGCCGCCGUGCUCUACCUGCCGGCCAUAGGAAUCAUGAUCUACAAGACGGACCGCAACUCGUACUGCAACCUGGAUCAGUACACGCACCCCUGUCUGUACAAGGUCUACCUGACUGCCGCCGUGUUCGCCUGCCUGUGCUGCCUGGCGUUCAUCCUGUCGGUUAUUUAUGGGGCGUGCAGGAAGUGUCGGGGAGAACAGACGGUCAUCUGAGGAGACUGAAGUGGGGGUUGAUGGCAACAGAUGGGGGGGGGGGCAUCCACAGCAAGAUGAGGAAUAGUUAACUUCACUGUAAUAACUUAACUCAACAGCUACUCUAAUCACAGGUUUGUCUCUAUUGUCUGUCAACACCAAACUUUCCACUUUGAGUCAUCCCUCUGUGGCCUUAUAGUCAGUGACAUGUGUUUGAUUCCUAGUUGUAGUUAAGGCCAUGUCGCCACCUUUUCCAAGUAAUUUAAUGUAAGUGUCCUUCAUAAAGAAUCACUCAAUAUUCCUGUAGGGACUUAUAAUGUGCUAGCAGUAGCCUAUAUACGUGUUAAGGGUUACAGUACAACAGUGGUGGACAGUAAAUAAGUACAUUUUCUCACGAACUGUACUUAAGUACAGAUACAAAUACCUGAGUAUUUGAGUAAACUUGAAUAUUUUCUUUUCAAGUUACUCUCUAGCCUACUUCAAUUCCACUAUAUCUCAAAGGGAAAUAUGUAUUUUUACUUCACUACAUCUGACAUAUUUAGUUACUUUAAUUAUAAAUUAAGCUUUUUAGACACAAAACAUAUGAAGAGUUUAUAAAAUAUGAUUUUGUUUAUGAAUUAAACUACCCAACAGUUUAUAAGUACAGCAGAAACAAUUAGUAGGUUGACAGAAAAUUAAUUUGCUACUAUUUUGUUUUUCCAACUUCUCACAUAUAAAGAUUUUCUGCUUUGACUAUAUGUCUAUAAUAACUGCAAAGUUUGUUAAUAAGGGUUUGGACUGUUGGUUGGACACAAUAAGCAUUAUGAAGGUGUCAAUUUGGGCUCUGGGUAACUGUGAUGGCAAAAUCUUUACAAACCAAACAAUCACUCGAUUAAUGGAGAAAUUAAUCAGCAGAUUGAUCAAGAGUGAAAAUAAUCACAAGCUGCAGUCCGUUACUAAAUAGUUCAAAAGGAGCUUGAGCUCAACAACAUGAGGAAUAGUAAUCUGAUUAUAUAAUAUUUAAAAGUAAAACAGCCACAGGGGACAUAUUUCUGCAUAAAGUACUUUUACUUUUAAUACUUUAAGUACAUUUUCCUGAUUACACUUUUAUUUAAGUAACAUUUUCAAUGCAGAACUUUUAAUUGUAACAGAGUACUUCAAUGUGGUAUUACUUUUACUUCAGGAUCUGAAUACUUUGUCCACCACUGCAGUACAAUGGCCUUAACAUACAUUUUGGAGAUUUGUGUUGGUACUGUCCAAACUAAAACCUAACAUUAUGACAGUUGUUUUCACAGGGGAUUCUUUUCAUUGCCUUUAUAAAGUAUAUAUUUUUUAUGUGUUUUUGUAUGACAGCAAACUAUACGGAACAGUUAAUGAAGCAUGACGGAGUGAAACACUUGUGGGUAUCUCAUUUCAACAUUGCAUACUGUUUUAUCAGUGCCUUUCUGUCAGAGUGCUGUAUACUCAACAGGUUGUCACAACAACAACAACAACCCAACAAUAUGGAUGUGAUUGGUGCUACUAUGUGUAUGCUGAACAAAAAUAUUCCUGAAGUGCUUAUUAUGUAAAUCCAAAGAGCAAAAAGCGCACGAAUAAAGACCAGUAAGUGAGA